CCCCGGCCGGACUCGCAUGGACCUCCCGCGCCGCUGGCUCUUUCGGAUGUUGCUGCUCGUCGCCACCAGCUCUGGGAUCCUGCUCAUGCUGUACUCCUCAACGGGGCUGCUGUCCCCGGAGACCCAGGUUCCCGCCAGGAACAUCACGUCAUCUCGAGCAUUCUUUGAACCCAAGUCACCGAAUUUGGAAAACAGAAAAAAGAGCCGACUUUGCCAACAUCCGCUGUCCCUGGCUGUUAAGAAGGAUGACCACUUCCGGGGCCUGUUCAAUCUCUCCACUCCAGUGUUGCUAUGGGAUGGCCUCUUCACUCAAGAGCUGUGGGAAAAUCUGAGCCAGCACAAAGUCCCCUAUGGAUGGCAGGGACUCUCUCACAAAGUCAUUGCCUCUACCUUGAAACUUCUGAAAAACCCGGAGAGUGCGGAGCUGUUUGGUGCCUCCAGAAAACUACCUCUAAACUGUAUUCGCUGUGCCGUGGUGGGUAACGGAGGCAUUCUGAAUGGGUCCUGGCAGGGUCAGAAAAUCGAUGCCCAUGACUAUGUCUUCAGACUCAAUGGCGCCAUAACCGAAGGCUUUGAGCAAGACGUGGGCACUAAGACCUCCUUCUACGGUUUCACUGUGAACACCAUGAAGAACUCACUCAUCUCCUAUGCCAACCUGGGCUUCACCUCUGUGCCACAAGGGCAGGACCUACGCUACAUCUUCAUCCCCUCAAGCAUCCGUGAUUACCUGAUGCUGAGAUCUGCCAUUCUGGGUGUGCCUGUUCCAGAAGGUCCUGAUAAAGGGGACAGGCCUCACACCUAUUUCGGACCGGAAACCUCUGCCAGUAAAUUCAAGCUCCUGCACCCAGACUUCAUCGACUACCUGAAAGAGAGGUUUCUGAAAUCCAAGUUGAUUAACACACGUUUUGGAGACAUGUAUAUGCCUAGUACAGGAGCGCUCAUGCUGCUGACAGCCUUGCACACCUGUGACCAGGUCAGUGCCUACGGAUUCAUCACAAACAACUACCAGAAAUACUCAGACCACUAUUUCGACCGAGAGAAGAGACCACUGAUAUUCUACGCAAACCACGAUCUGUCCCUGGAAGCUGCGCUCUGGCGUGAUCUGCACAAUGCCGGCAUUCUUUGGCUGUACCAACGCUGACUCCCAAGUCCCGACUUCUGUGCCUCAAAGCUUCCUGAUCUUUCGACCUUUGGAAGAGGCAACACUCCCCCUGGCCCUCUACUUCCCAACAGAGGAUAUUGAGACAAGACCCGUCAUGUAAUCCCAGAGCCUGUUCAAUGCACGGCACCGUCACGAGUCAAGACAAUUCUUCUGAGUCUUGGCCACGGGAGGGCAGACUGCUUUGUAGGAUUUGUUUUAAAAUUGAACAUUAACUCUCCCAAAAUGAGAGACAGUCGUCCUUACCAGCAGAGGCAGGCACAUCUCAGAGCUAAGUAGUUCAAAGCCAGCACCCGGUCCUGAGCGACUAGAGAAAUUAAUGGAACCCCCCUCAGGGCUACCCAGUAACCAAGAAUGAGCAGAGACCCAACCCCAGCUGAAACCAAUGGCAUGUCAAGUCCCAAAUGCCAAAGCCAUUGAGCCUAUGAGGACACCUUAAGCAUUCUAAGAACAUGACACUUCUGCCUCCUGACAGGAUGGGAACCAGAGGCAGAAUAGUUUGAGGCUAGAUAAUAGGGUAAGUGAUGGAUGACCACUUUUUUUGUUGGUAGAGUAGAAGAUACAAACUACAAGAUGGUGUGUCUGGAGGGAAGGGGUGUGGUGGCACUCAGGACACACGCGCCAAGGCCCAGGCGAUGAGCAUCUAGCACCUAAGUAUGGGAGGUGGCAGCAUUUGACCAACCUCGCUUAAGUCGCCACCGAGACUGAAGAGGAGAGGUACAUCAGUCCUUGUCACCAACAGGAAACAGUGAUGGACCCUCACUUCCCAGCUUUAAUAAACAGCACCUGAUGCAGUCCAACGA